AUGCUGUCUGUCACUCAUUCACUACCUGUGCCUCUGUUUGCCAUACAUUCACUCACAAGACACGACUACUGGCCACCAGUCGGGCCACCAAUCGGUGCACUGUUGCCGCCAAUUGUGUCCAAACCCUCCCAUCAAUCGGCGAAACUCUCAGUCACUAACACAUCACCAAUAGAUCCCAAGAACUGA